GGGGAGCCCCGCUUCCACAGCGCUCCCCACCCUUUCUACACAUGGUGGGGUGCUGCUUGUAUUUGCAGUGUCUGUAUAUCCCCAAAUCGGUUGCUGUGGGCUAUAGAUUCCUGUCCUGUACCCCAAAUGUGUGUGUGUGACACGUACACUCACACAACUUUUCAUAUAAGCCCACACACGGAAGUACCUGAGAUAGCUACAUGUUCCUUCCCCCAGGCUGGUCCUGUAAACCACGCAUACCACAGCUGCCUACUCCUUAGGGCAUGCUUGCCCAGUACACAUGACCAGACACACACACCUAGCUUCAUGUUACGAUGCCACGCCGGGUCACAGCAUAUGGACAGCACCCUGCAAGAUUUACCUACAUCAUACUCCGAUUGCAUCUGCAGAUCUGCCCACAAGAAGCACACGGAAGACCAGCCUUGUGUACUGUCCUGGCGAGCUCACCGCCCCCCGUCCAUCACAGAUGUGUGCACCUGUUCCACUGCGCACCCUGCUCCUAGCUCCUCCUCCGCAGCUAUCCCGAGUACAUGAUAGGUGGCAGGUUCAGGGACGUCUUUCCUCCAAAGCACAGAGAGGCUAAGUAAUUUGUCCCUAGUCACCCAGCUAUAAAGAGGUGAUGUCAAGGGUGAAGAACACAGAGGCUUUCUCCACUGGCCUGCUACGGUGUUCCAAAGAACAUGCCUGAGGUCAUUGAUCCUCAUUCAUCCUGCAUCGCCUCCAGUCUCACACACAUGGGCACACAAAGCUAAUUGUGUGCAGGUAGUUAGCACCGGUACAUUCUCAGAGGCAAGGCAGAUUCAUUCAGCAUCCUUCGACCCUCUUCAGCUCUGAGGUCCACUUUGCCCAGCCUGGUCCCCAGGGCCACUAGGAAACACCAGCACCCACAGAGGGCAGCUCUAGGUAGCUUCUGGGUUCCUCCUCAGCUGCAGGCUCUCUGGGGCAUCCUGGGAUAAGCUGGAGUUGGUACCCAGCUCAGAGAAGCCCUCAUAUCGAUGCACCCACCCAGGUGCUGAGCAGCUGAGCCCAUGGAGAACAGCUGCUGGCGCUGACUGGUGCUGACAAGAGCGCUGAGUGGCUAUGGAGCACGCUACAGUUUACAAGGCCUUUCUGCACUGCAUGGAGAUCUCCAGCCUCCGGAGAGAGACCUCUGUGCUACAGACGAGCAUCCGAGAGGCUCUGAGGUAGCCAGAAGGCUGCCCAAGGUCACACUGCCCUCCGUGCACCAGGCUUUCUCGAAAACUGGUGUGUUCCUUUCCGAGCCCCCCCCCCCCCCCGGGGCUCUCAGCAGCGAGGGCAGAUGUGAGGCACCUGCGUGGAGCCAGCAGCUUUCGCCAGAUGCUGCCACACCCGUGACCUCCACAGGGCUGCCAUGUCUCUGAGCUUCUUCCCUUUCUCCUUGCCUGAGCCUGAGCCUGAGCCCCUAGAUCUCCGUCUCAUCAAUUGGCAGAAUCUGCUGGACUAAAGCUGGAAAAGCCCUGCAGGACUCAUGGGUCUGGCAUGCAGUGGGCAUGGCACAGCCUCCUGCUUUCCUGGCUUUGGAUCCUCCCACUGCCCUCAGCACCUCCACUCAGGCAGACACCUUGAGAACUGAGGUGCAACCUUAUCACAAAAGUCUGUCUUUAAGGCCUUUGACGAAGCUGUUGUUACUCUGCUAGAACAGUGGCCUUAUUCAGCAGCUUAACUGAGCACCUACUAGGUGGUAGGAAGCCCUGUUUUGACUAGGGGAUGCAGAAGUCCCCCCAAGUCCAUGCCUUGCAAGAGACAAAGGUGACUAAACCGGUCAGAUGACACCUAGAAGAAAAGAGGGCAUUUCAGGAAAGCAUUUCAUGGCGGUCGGAGCUGGAGCUCCAGUAACAAGGAGCUGAGGGAAGGGUUCGGAUGGCGGAACAGGCUAGGGAGGACACAGAGGAGGAGGAGGAGGGUGAGAGGCGAGGGUGAGACUGCAGAAAAUGGUUCUCUCCCAGGCCCCAGCCCUGCAUGCUGCACUGAGGACCGAGCCCCAGAACCUACAGGAGGCCCUAGGGCGGCCCCCUGGAGUGGGAAAUAAGGAUAAUCUUGCUGAAAAUCCUGAAGGCAAAGGGGUCUGGGGGACCAAGGAGACCCAAGGGGAAGAAGAGGAAGAGGAAAACACCACAGCACCUUCUUCUAGACCCAGUCCUUUCCCCAGCCCUUCUCCCACACCCGAGGACGCCAUCACUUACAUCUUGGGCCGCUUGGCUAGCCUGGAUGCAGGCCUCCACCAAUUGCACGUCCGUUUGCACGGUUUGGACACCCGUGUGGUUGAGCUGACCCAGGGGCUGCGGCAACUGAGGAAUGCUGCGAGAGACACCGGCGACUCCGUGCAAGCCCUGAAGGAGGCACAGGUCCGUGCUGAGCAGGAGCACGGCCGCUUGGAGGGCUGCCUGAAGGGCCUGCGCCUAGGCCACAAGUGCUUCCUGCUCUCGCGAGACUUCGAGACACAGGCGGCCGCACAGGCGCGGUGCAAGGCGCGGGGCGGGAGCCUAGCUCAGCCUGCGGACCGCCAGCAGAUGGAUGCGCUAGGCCGGUACCUACGCGCUGCCCUCGCCCCCUACAACUGGCCGGUGUGGCUGGGGGUGCACGACCGGCGCUCGGAAGGGCUCUACCUUUUCGAGAACGGCCAGCGCGUGUCCUUCUUCGCCUGGCACCGCGCAUCCAGCCUGGAGUCCGGUGCUCAGCCUAGUGCGGCAUCACAUCCAUUCAGCCCGGAUCAGCCCAAUGGCGGCGUCCUGGAGAACUGCGUGGCGCAGGCCUCGGACGACGGUACCUGGUGGGAUCAUGACUGCGAGCGGCGCCUCUACUUCGUCUGCGAGUUCCCCUUCUAGAGAGCCUGUCCCUGCCCCGGAGCUCAGGCACACAUUCUGCUCCGUGCACCCUACUGUUACGGGUUUGGAGUUGCUCAGAGAUUCACCAUGACCAUGAAUAAAUUUUAAGAAGAGGCUUUUUAUUUUA